AUGACCCUCUCAUCCCUUCUCCGCAUUACGCCCCGCUUAACCCCGACCGCGGCCCGCAGAACAUCACGCGCUGUAUCGUCGGCCACCAAUACGUCAAAUGCGACCAAGUCUCUAGAUUCAAUCCUCAUAGCUAAUCGAGGAGAGAUUGCUUUACGAGUCGGACGCACAGCUGCGCAGCGUGGAAUUCGCGUAACAACACUUUACACUGACCCGGAUAGCCGAGCCCAGCAUGCUUUGAGCUCGCCCUUCGCUUUCAACUUGGGGUCGGUGUCGGCAUAUUUGGAUGGUGAUCGAAUUAUUGAAAUCGCAAAGAAAGAAGGGUGUCAGGCAAUUCAUCCUGGUUAUGGCUUUCUGAGUGAGAACUCUGCGUUCGCGCAAAAAUGUACCGAGGCUGGAUUAAUCUUCAUUGGUCCGCCUUAUAAAGCCAUUGAGGACAUGGGUGAUAAGAGUCGAUCCAAGGAGAUUAUGACAGCUGCCGGCGUACCUUGCGUUCCUGGUUAUCACGGAACAAACCAAGAUCCUGCCUACCUCGAAGAACAGGCGGACCAGAUCAAAUACCCCGUGCUCAUCAAAGCCAUCAAAGGUGGCGGUGGAAAAGGCAUGCGUAUUGCCAGCUCCAAAGCAGAAUUCCAGGCACAGCUCGAGUCAGCGAAAUCCGAAGCCAUGAACUCGUUUGGAGAUGACAAGGUGCUGGUUGAGAAGUAUAUCACUACACCGAGACACAUCGAGGUCCAGGUAUUCGCAGACAAACAUGGCAACUCCGUUGCCCUUGGUGAACGAGACUGCAGUAUUCAGAGGAGACACCAGAAGAUUCUGGAAGAAUCACCUGCUCCUCACCUCCCUGAUGCAACCAGGAAGGACCUGUGGGCAAAGGCCCGGGCGGCUGCUGAGGCCGUUGGCUACGAAGGCGCUGGUACAGUGGAAUUCAUUUUAGACAAUGACUCGGGUGACUUCUACUUCAUGGAGAUGAACACUCGGCUCCAGGUUGAACACCCCGUCACCGAGAUGGUCACAGGACAGGACCUUGUCCAUUGGCAGAUCUUGGUGGCCGAAGGAGCCAAGCUGCCACUUACGCAAGAGGAAGUGGAAGAACGAAUUGCUCAACUGGGACAUGGCAUUGAGGCCCGCAUCUACGCCGAAAAUCCAGAGCAAGGUUUCAUCCCUGACUCGGGACGUUUACUCCAUGUGCGCACACCCACUACGUCAGAAGAUGUCCGCAUUGAUGCGGGCUUUGUGGAAGGCGACGACGUUUCCGCCCACUACGAUCCUAUGAUCUCUAAACUUAUUGUGCGCGGAGCAAACCGCGAGGAGGCUCUCCGGAAGCUUGCUGUCGCUUUGGAAGAGUAUGAAGUCGCAGGGCCCGUGACCAACAUUGAGUUCCUGAAGACCAUCUGCAAGAGCCCCGAUUUCAUCGCCGGCGAUGUUGAGACAGGCUACAUUGAGAAACACCGCGAAGAGCUCUUCGCCCCAAAGGUCAUUGACGAGGAGGUGUUGGCGCAGGUUGCAUUGGCCUGCCUACACCGCGAUACCGUUUCUGGAUCUCGCUCCUCCGCGGGCGUUGCAGGCUCAGCCGUCGGCUUCACCCCCAGUUACCAAGAACGUCAGCUAUCAUUCACCGAAACCACAGUCCCAGGGUCUCCCGACGGCGCCAGCUUCAGCGUUCGUGUGCAGCAGACAGCAGAUGACACAUUCAACGUGGAAGUCGGCGGACGCGUCUUCGAGCAGGUGGUGAGUCGGAUGGAUCCGAAGUCACAGAUCGUCACCUCGUUCUUCGCACACACCCGCCUCGAUACGACGGUAAUUCGCGACGAAGAUACAAUCAUGGCUUUCCAGCGCGGAACCCAAUACCGGCUUACAGUGCCCCGAGCCAAAUGGAUGGAGAAGGCAUUGGGCUUAAAGGACGUGACAAACAGUGUUUUGGCCCCGAUGCCGUGUAAGAUCCUGCGGGUUGAGGUCCAGGCGGGUGAUCGGGUGGAGAAAGAUCAGCCUCUGGUGGUUAUUGAGAGCAUGAAGAUGGAGACAGUGAUUCGCAGCCCGCAUGAGGGAACCAUCGCGCGGGUGGUGCAUACACAAGGCGAUCAAUGUAAGAGUGGAACGCCUUUGGUCGAGUUUGCCGAGUCUGAAUAG